AUGAAAGUCAUCAUAUCAACCGUUUUCAUCGUUCUUCUUGUUUCGAUAGCCCAGGCUGGCAUCUUUACUACUUCACCCGUCAGUUCUACGGUUUGGAAAGCCGAAACACAGCAAACCAUUACUUGGAUAAAUUCUAAAAACCCACCACUUGAACAACUCAAAAGUGUCACAAUCCAGCUUAUGACCGGUCCCGAAGAGCAACAGAUCCCUGUAUUGACGAUUGGCCAGGGUAUUCAAGGAAUUGCUAAAAAAUUCGUUUUCAAGGGAGUACCUAAAAAUCUCGGACCAUCUGGUCAAUUUUACUUCCUCAAGUACUCGGAUGGAGAUUACUCGGGAUUUUCCGCACGUUUCACUAUUGACGGAAUUGACGGUACGAUUCCUGGCUUUGAUCCCAACAAUCCCAACGCCACUGCCAACAACACAACUGCUGGAAACAGUACUAGCACAGACCCCAACUCAGGAUCGUAUGGGAAUAAUUCAACAACUGGCGGUUCAAGUGGUGGUUCAACUGGCGGUUCAUCCGGUGGAGGUUCAACAACUACAAACAACUCUACAAAGCCAACAUCCACAAGUUCAACAAACAAGCCCAGUAGUACAGGCAAGUCUAGUGCAAACAGUUUGGGCGCUGUUCAUGUUGCUACUUUCGUAAUUGCACUAGUUGGAAUGAUCAUAUCCAACUGGAUCGGUUAUGAUUUCUCUGGAUAG